CAUUUAAGUGUGACAAACAUGCAAGAAAUCAGGAAGGGGGCAAACACUUUUUCACACAACUGUACAUGUUGUGUUGCCUUUGUAAUGUAGUUAACAGCUGCCAAAGUACACUUAUAUGAUUGAGUUCUGGAAAAGGAGAAUCGAGGCUCAGCGAACCCUUACAGAUGGGACCUCAUGAGUUUUCUUUUUUUUUGAUCCGUGAAUUACAAUGCAACCAACUUUGUCUCUCAUACCAAAUAUGUACGCUGUUGCUGAAAUUGUGUUUUGGUCUGGGCUUUGCUGGCUGAACAUCUAAAGUAGGCUUACCGUAUGUGGAUGGAAAACCCAGACGUGGGUUCUAUUUCCAGAUUGUUUUGUUACUUAUUUGUCGGAUUACACCCUGAUACAAAGAAAGCAGACACAAUGAACACAGGAAUACACCGGUCAUAUCCUGGCUUGGAAUUGUUGUUAGGAUUUUUGACUUUCUGUUGUUUCGGUUCCACUGAGGACAAAGCGACAAUAGAAAGGCCUUAUUAUGAACCAUACUGAUGCUGAAAUCAAGCCCAAAAAUCCAAGAAUGACCUCCCAACCGCUACAUUACACUAACGUUUUGGGUGAUAUUUUUUGUAUAUGGCUGAAUAUUGUUUACAGCUUCUAUGUGUUUAACAAUAUGCCACUUUUUGUGCCCUGCAAUAGAAUUAAUAAUGGCCUUUGGCAUUUGUCCGCUGUAAUUACAGUCAAUCACCUGAGUCGAAUUUUGUAGCAUUAUAUUUAGAAUGUCACAAGCCAGUGUUCUUAGGAGCUUACAGGUAAAAGGGAAGUUAAAAUCAGUCCUAAAUAAAUGUAACCUUACCUUGAUACCUUACAGUACAAACCCCUGGGUGAAAACCACCAGUGCUUCCAGCUGCAUGUUCCUUAUAAGAACUGUGUAAACAUCGGGCCUGGCGGCUGAAUUUGUUUUCGUGCUCAGCAUGAUCACAAUCUGCUGCACACGUAACACCAUUCCCACACUCCUGCUGUUUUUACGAUACGGCGCUUUUAUGCAGACGGGGCAUUUUUUGAGUCAUGAUAGCUAAUAUUUUUCAACCAAUACAUCCAAUCUAACCUCAGCCAGCCUCAGCUAUUUUUUGUUGUUGUCGCAUAACCGCUUUUUAGCUUGAGCACUGUCCACAUUAGGCGUCAGUUUAAUGUAGAAAUAUAUAUUGUUCCCACCACCGUUCAAUGCAUGUAGGAUGAGGCGUGGGUCAGUCCAGCUCAGCACUGACGUAGGUGGACCAAACUUAGCGAGGAUCAUUUUUACCUAGGACAGUCUGCUGUAACAAACCUUUGCUGAUUUACACCUAGGCAAAAUGGUCAGACUGGCCCACCACACACGAACACCGUGAGUAGCUGGUCAGGUGCUCCCUGACUGCUCAAACAUGCAGACACACGCACACAUUCCCGCCCUGUGCCUCCCCUCCUCUCUCUACAAAUUAGUUAAGUCGCUGGACUCAAAAGCCUCAAAAACAUUCAACCUGUGACUUAUGUCAGCGCCGGCGUGAACCUUUUGUAUCGGUGCGCCGCGAACUCCUGUUUCUUUUGGAGGGGCUUAUUGGUGACUGAAGAGUGCACGUUUUAAGACGAGUUGGAAACCCCCCCACCCCCCUCCCCCCUCAUACAGUAGCGUCAGGACUGGGGGCCAAGCAGGAGGAGACGUAUUACGGGGACCAGAAGUAAGGGGACCAUGCGAGUCCACGUGCACACCAAGUUUUGUUUCCUGUGCGUGCUCGCCUUCCUCUUCCAUCAGUGCAACCACUGCCAUGGGGACGGGCACAGCCACCAGCACGGCGGACAUCCCCAUGCCGACCACACCCACAGCGACCUGCAGAUUUCCGAGGCCCCAUACGUGAGAGGAGCCACUUCGUCCCCAGACUCCAAAGGUCCCCAAGGGCAGAAUCUAGAGGAGGAGCAGCGCUUCUACAUCCAGCAGCUGUUCGGGCGCUACGGCCAGAAAGACCGGCUGGAUUUCCAGGGAUUUCAGAGCAUGCUGUUUAGCUUGGGUCUGGGUGAAGUGAAGGUGGUAGAUGUGGAUCACGAGGAGCUGGGCCACGACCACGUGGCUCACCUCGACCUGGUGGAUAUGCAGGAGGGGUUUCACUCGCACUCGUCCGCCGAUGAAGAGCACAGCCAGGGUCACAACCACGAGCACGGCCAUCCGCAUCACAAGCCCGGCUCCCACCAUCCACACACAGAACAAGCUCCCACAAGCUGCUCUCAGCACACCACGGCUGCCUCUCCAGCUGCUGGUGCACCGACAGGGCAUGAGCAUAAACAUGACGCGGAACACAAUCAUGAUCACGCCAAGGCCGAUGACCAUAAACAUUCUGAUGGACAUGUGCAGGACACGCGCGAUCAUGACCGCGAUCACGCACAUGACAAAGAGCACAAACACGAGCAGGUACAGAUGACCUCCGACCAAAAGGACCUGUCUUCUCAACCUCGCAGUAACCACGACCACAACGCUCACGACCACGGCGGCCACGAUCACAGUGCUCAUGACCACAAGGACCAUGACCACAGUGCUCACAACCACAGCAACCACGAUCACAGCGGUCACGGCCACAACCACGGCGCUCACGACCACGGCGAUCACCAUGACCACAAUCACGUCCCCGAAGUGCAGACAGUAACGGACAUUCCUCCCUCUCCCCAGUUGGAGCCGUCCCAAGUGCCACAGUCCUCUCCCGCCACCAGAGAAAGUCGGCCCAAGAAGCCGAGGGUCCGAGGACAGCGAGGGCGAAACAGAACCGCUUCUCCUCGCGUAGCACAGUCCGACGACCGUGACCGUCAAUCCGAUCACGGUCACAGCCAUUCUCAUAAAGAUAAGAGAGAAGCACCGGGAGGGCCCGCCACCCCCCCUACUUUGCCAGUCCCCGUCUUGUCUGGCCACCUAGAAGGAUUGUCUCAUCAGCAUGAGGAGUGUUUGAACCUGACUCAGCUCCUCACCUACUACGGCCUGCAUCCCGACUUGCUCAUCUCCCCCAGCCAGUUCACCUACCUGUGUCCUGCCCUGCUCUACCAGAUAGAUAGCCGUGUCUGCAUCCGCCAUUACCACCAGAUGGAUGUGCAGCAGGAAGCUUUGGAGCCCGUCAGUUCCGGGUGGGUGUGGCUGUCGGGGUUUGUGUCCAUCACCAUCAUCAGCCUGCUGUCUCUGCUGGGCGUGGUGCUCGUGCCCAUCCUCAAACAGUCCUGCUUCAAGUUCCUGCUCACCUUCCUGGUGGCGCUGGCCGUGGGCACGCUCAGCGGUGACGCCCUCCUUCAUCUGCUGCCCCACUCCCUAGAGCCGCACGACCACAGCGAGCAUAAGCCGGAUAAAGAAAUUGAUCUAAUAGCGGACUUUGACGGAGUGUGGAAGGGCCUAACGGCGCUGGCCGGCAUCUACCUCCUCUUCAUCAUCGAACACUGCAUCGGCAUGUUUAAGCACUACAAAGACCACAGGGACAUGAAGAAGGCGAGCGAGGAGGGCAAGAUCGGCCGGAAGUUGUCCGAUCACAAAUUAAAUCGGCGCUCGGAUGCGGAGUGGCUGCACCUGAAGCCACUCAGCGAAGACCCCGAUAACACCGCCGUCUCCUGCGACAACGGCCACAACGACACGCAGAUCUCGGAGCUGCGGACGCCUGACUCCCCCACCAACAAGACGCCGCUGGCGCCGGAGAAUGCCCGACAAGACCACCAGUCGCCAACCAAGGAGAACGGGGGCAAGGCCAAGCACCACGGCCACUCGCACGGCCACUCGCACGGCCACUCGCACGGCCAUGGUCACUCCCACGGCGGGAACUGCCACUCCGACCAGGAGAUGAAGGAUGCCGGCAUAGCCAGCAUCGCCUGGAUGGUCAUCAUGGGCGAUGGCAUGCAUAACUUCAGUGACGGCCUGGCUAUAGGCGCAGCAUUCAGCGCAAACGUGACGGGAGGCAUCAGCACAUCAGUGGCUGUUUUCUGCCACGAAUUACCUCAUGAACUUGGUGACUUUGCGGUGCUGCUGAAAGCCGGGAUGUCAGUGAAGCAGGCCAUCUUCUACAAUCUGCUGUCCGCCCUCAUGGCCUACGUGGGCAUGGUGAUUGGCACCGCCGUGGGCCAGUACACACACAAUGUCACCAGCUGGAUCUUCGCCAUCACGGCCGGCAUGUUCCUUUACGUGGCUCUGGUGGAUAUGCUGCCAGAGAUGCUUCACGGGGACAGCGAGGACCACAAGCGCUGCCAGCUGGGACACUUUGUCCUGCAGAACCUGGGCCUGCUGACCGGGUUCAGCAUCAUGCUGCUCAUCGCCAUCUUCGAGGACCGCAUCGUUUUCAAUUUUGGCUUUUAGUCGAGGAGAGCGGGGGGGUGGGGAGUGAAAGAGGGGAGAGCUGGAUGUAUCAAUAUUGGUCCUCCUUGGCCUUAAACAUGCUUCGUUCGCAACACAAGCGGCCCGGUCUUGCAUGCGGUGUGGGUCUCGUUCAUGGCCAGUGCCUCCAUUCCAAAAACAUGCAGCGGUACGCUUAUGCACAUCUCAUGACUCUGCCAGUGGUGUUUACACUCUGCCCCUCCAUUAUCUCUCCUCCAUCAACUCCGAUUCUGGAAAAGGAGAGCGAGGCUGCUGCACACGAAAAACCAGAGAACACCUCCUCUGCUCCGAACCGCUCUAGGCUCCAUCUUAAGAAAAAAAGAAAUAAAAUUUAAAAAAAGAGCUGCAGACGGGAAGGUGGUGUCACGGCCCGGCAGCUCGCCGCCUAUGCAUCGCCAUCAUCAUGAUCAUCAUCAUCAUCACCUGUUGUUAGCGUGUUGUCGUCUCAUCUCGUAUCCAUCCUGUGCUCUGUCCCGUCAUCCAUGCCCGGUACAUCUGCGCUCCAUCCAUCAUCGGCUCCUGAUGUCUGAAACAUCUCGUGUGUCUCUGUGCCAAGCCCCGGCCACUGGAGCAGCACCGGCGGAGCGCUCCCUUUAGUCGGCUACACCCGCAAUUAAACAUUUAGCUUCACGUUCAAAAUGUAUCGACAGCUUUUAAGUGUCAAAACAGAAAAGUGUUCCCCUGACUUUUCCCCGGUAGAUCUAAAGCUCAGUGCUUUUCUUUUUUUUGCUGCAUUUUAUUGACUAAUUCUAAUUCUUUAACCCUUGUAGUUCAUAGUGAUAGCUAACACAGCUGCCAGAGCCUUUACAAAUGUGCAUUUAAGACUUUCAUGAUUUUGCUAAGAAACUAGACGUCACAAAUGUCCGACCAAUUCUUUUUUUUUUUAUUUUUUUUUUUUUAAAGGGUUUGACAAUCUGUAGCCGUUAGGCCUUUACGGCGUAUCUUUCUUCCUAAGAAUCAGCAGCUUCACAGUGUGAAUUGUAGUUUAUAGGUUUCUUGAGGGAGCCGCCUCUUUGAGUUCCUGAAAGGUGCUUAUUCCAGUCGGACCACCCUGCACUGGACGUUUCAUUACAGUAGGAGGUCGAGUUGUCACACAAAUUCUCUUUUUUUUAUGAUGAACUGUAAAUACUCGAGGUCUUUAUAGCUUCAGUAGUCGAGUGGCAAAAAGAAAUCAAUGUUUUGUUGCUGCUAAAAAAUAGAUUUGAAAGUACUUGUGUCAGUGAGUGAACUUCCUGAGACGGAUCAGACGGAGGACGGUUCUCUCGUAUCACAUGGGAACAGUAACGGACGUUUGACCUGAGGUAUUAAACCGUAGGACAUAGACAUAGAUUAAUAUGCUGAGAUAAGAGGGCGUACAUUAUCGACAUUCUGCUGACCGUGCCAAAACUGGCCCAGAGUGUGGACUUUCAGUGGCUGGCGCUUGACCCCCCCCUCCCCUACAUUCCAUUGGCUGUCCUUAAGCUAGCUAGCCUAGCUUCAGCUGCUAGAGCACACCGAUAAUGUGUGUGGCUUCAUCUAUCCUGUCACUGUGUGACAUCCAUCAUCUUACGUCUCAACUGGCUGUAAAUCAUCAUCGGUCCCAUCGAAGUGGCGUUAUUGACCCGUCUGAGUCAUCAUGCAUGAAGCAUGAGUGAAAACGGUACGGACGUUGUGUUGAGUGUACAUUUGAUUUCAUUCUUUGUACUGCAAAGUUAACUAUUCGCAGCCUUUUGUUACUUUUUAAAUGAACCGCGUGAAGAUCACGAAGAAGACUUUGGGGCAUAUUGAGACUGGUGUUCUGAGCCUUUUUUUUUUUUUUUUUUUUUUUGGGUGAUGCAGUUGUGUGAACACAUAACUUAUCUGCAUCACUUUGUCUUUUAACAGGAAUUGUAUUAUUUCAUCUUAUGUUCGACGGGAUCUGAAUGUGCUUUCAUUCUGUUCCGAUUCAAAGUACAGUUCAUAAUUUGAAACGUGACUAUUUGAUAUUUAUCCGGUAUUUUCCUGCAAUAUUGUAUUUUAUUUAAGAGAGAAGGGGUCCUUCUUUCUGAUUUUCUUAGAGUUUCUGUAUUUCUUGUGUAAUUAAAAUCCAAACUGUGCUGUCAAGCGUGCGAUUGGCUAGUGACAGUAUGCCCCCAAAGUUUCUUCGAAAUGAAGGUUGAUGAUUCUUCUCAUUUUUGCUUUCUUGUCUGUAUGUUUGUUUAGUAAUCUGGAUAUAAAAAAUGCAAAGUGUGACAUUCUUGCUGUUUGCCUGUCUGUGCAUUCUCCUCAUCACGGAACGAAAAUAAACUCUGAAAAGAUCUCUCUUUCUGGCAUAAUGUUACAGGGAGCACAACAUCUCCUCUCUCCACUCGUCUCCUGCUUCAGCUUCUGUUCCCAGAUCAGCAGGUUUAGCAAAGCCGGUUCUCACAUAAACACAAAGGCUCAGUGAACAACGCAUACUUUUAGAAACUAAAUAAAUGUGUACGCUGCGGCUGAGUGUUUCUGCCAUCAGCAGUCGAGCUCAAUUAUCGGUAUUAGUAUUGAAAUAUUGUCGGUAAUCAGGCUACUGUAAUGUUUGGGGGCAAGUCGAGUAAUGUAACUUGCUUUCUCACAAAUCGCAACAAAAGCCGUUUUACUUGAAUCGUACCCCUAAAGGUAUUCUUGUUGACAUACAAAAAAAUCGUAGUGAAUAAUCCGAAGGCAAAAUGCUAAAAUUCAAAAUGGCCAACUUCUGCCUUAAAGAGAGAAUAACAAUUUCAUAUUUGGAAAGGUUAGAUUCAGAAAUGGGCAGUCUCUGUAUUUUCAAAAUACUCAGUACUUUCCGAAUGAUUCAUAAAACCUAAAAAAAUGAAUGUAAAUACAUCUGUAUGUGAAGAAUGAUACCCUUUUACAUGUAUGGGUAGGAUAAGACCAAUGUGACCAUAAUAAAUUCACUCAUACUGUU